AAAUUUCAACAUGAUGGCCAAAAUCGUUAUCGUACUGACGCUUUUAGUAGUUAUCACAGAAGCAAGGUUUUUGGAUCGAGAGCGGGAUUUCUUUCAAGAUACAAGUAAACGUAGUGUAAGAGUACAAAGCUUAGUUUACCUUAUGUUUAACUAUGUAGAUGCAAUUUUAUUUUGCUAUAGUUGGCCUACCCAUGCGUAAUAGAGAAAACAAACGUUAUCUCGUUAUUGUGUUGCUGCGAAAACUGUUGUAUUGUACUCGCGAGUAGCCUGAAUUUCAUCCGAUUACUUCGAGUCCUUAUUACUCCCUCAGUUGUUGAGAGGAGAAAACGACUCGAAGCAAUCGGACGAAUUUCAGGCUAACUCGCGAGCAGUUUGCUUUCUUUCUGCAGGGAACAGUGGCGGCUGGGGUUUUGCUAAAAGCAGGCCCGCGGCCCGGUGACCCGAAGACCCAGCGGCCCGCGGCCCGCGACCGCCCAGCGGCCCUGCUGCCCGGCGGCCCAGAGGCCCGAUGGCCCAGUCCUGAUUUUCGCAGUUUUUUUGUCCAGAGGUAAAUCCACGCGCAUGCACAGAUCUGCAUCGUGUUAGGGCGUGCAAAAUAGACGACGGUGAGUUUGAAUUCGUUUACCAUUUAAUCAUUUGAAUCCUUGUCUCUGUUUGUUGCAUGUUGUUCAGAUAAAAACGUUUUCAUUCUCUGUUCAUUCGUCUCUUUAAAGAAACCGAUAGCACAAUAGGUGGUUUUCACGUUACGUGAUCGCCGCCAUGACGGUGGACGGUAAACAAAAGAUCGCUCAUUAGCUCGCUUUGUUUGUCCACCACCAUUUGUUCAUUUCACCAUUGUUAUUUGUGUCUCCCGAGAUUGCAUGAAAACCACCUAUAGAGGACUUUCAUUAUCGAACGAUGUAAGUUAUUUUCAAACCAUACUUUGAAAGUAAAAAUAUCAUAAGUGAUGAGAUACGUGAACUGCGAAUUUUUUUCUAUACAGAGACAUGUCUGUCUAUUUACAGGAACCCCACCCCAAAAGGAGAGCAGGGCAGAGUUUAUCAAACUGUGGUUUGAAAAUAACUUACAUGUUUGAGAACGGACUUCCUCUCUAUCGGGUUCUGUAAACAGACGAAUAAACAGAGCAUGACAACGUUUUUUACUUAGCAACAUGCAACGAAAGAAAGGGUCGAAAAGGAUUGAAAUGAUUAUUAAAAUGGUAAACGAAUUCAAACUCACCGUCGUCCAUUUUGCACGCCCAAACCCGAUGCAGAUCUAUGCAUGCGCGUGGAUUUACCGCUGGACAAAAAAACUGUGGAAAAUCAGGACUGGGCCGCCGGGCCGCUAGGCCGUCGCGGGCCGUGGGCUGCGGGCCUGCUUUUAGCAAAACCCUGGCGGCUGUGCCUAGUCCCUUUCGUGAACGGUCGUUGGCAUUUUUAAGGGUCGAUACCACCAUUGGUAACCAGGCCUUUAGCCAUGAUAGAUGUAAUAUUAACCUCGUUUCCAGGGGUCCUCUCAUAGAGAGAGCACUUGGCCUGGUCUGGUCACGUGUCGAUUGAGCGAGUAGGAGAGGACCCUGGGAACCAGAUUAAUGUGAUAUGUUAUGUUCCCUGGAUUAAGUUGGAUUAAGCUACAAUAAGGCACAUAACACGAUUUUGAAUAGCCCUAGGAAUGAACGACGUUGAAGCCCAAGUUAAUUUUUUCGUUAAAAGUUCUGGGAAGGGUUAGGGUCAGCUGUUAUUGAUGUAUCGAUUAAGGAUGACAUUGUGUGCGAGUUUAUGUACUUAAUAUCGGUCGGUGUGGUAGUGUAGUGGUAAGGGAGAGAUAUUGGGAUACUAAAGGUCCGAGUACGACCCUGGGUUGCGAUGUUCUUUUUUCCUUCAAUAGAAACACUCUCAAUGGCAGUGACGAUUUACGAAAGGGAAAUUCCCAGCGGGCCUAAUUCUUUUUCUGCAGCUGUGCAGGUCAACCACUUGCCAAAACUAAAUGCAGAGGUUCGAGAAAUUAGGUUGUAGACAAUCUAGAACAACCUUAGCUGUAAUCCAUCCCAGCUAUCUACUGUUUAAGGCACCUAAUUAAGAGUGUGGACUUUCUGUUCGUUUUUAGUGCAAUUUAGGUGAGACAGUAUGCUCAAACGAUAGUCAAUGUCAGUCAUGGUGUGGAAACCGAACUGUUAUCUGCAAUUAUAUAAGGCGAUGUAACUAUUCAAGCUUUAUUGACGAUGUAAUCAGGAGUAAACCGGUAAGAAUCAGUAUCAAUCCAUGCCCAACAUAAAAAAUAUAGCCGUGAAAAAAUCUCAAAUCUUCGUUUUCUCGAUGCACAAAAACAAAUUCGAAAUGACAAAUUUACCUAGUGUCGUCUGUGUCUGUCUCGCAUUAAGUUUUUGUCUUUUUGUACUAUCCAGGGGCCUGUUUCUCGAGAAACCCCGGAAAGUUUUGUCAGCGUCAAGCCUCGUUUAAAUAAUAAUAAUAAUAAUAAUAAUAAUAAUAAUAAUAAUAAUAAUAAUAAUAAUAAUAAUAAUAAUAAUAAUAAUAAUAAAACAGUCAAAGCGCCGGUCCUAGCUAACAAACUAGUCUGAUAGUUUUACUAUAUUAUCUGCAAAACUAUUGAACAAAAGUAAAACAGCUGUCAAAGCCCGAAACGUUACCCGGAUUUCGAAAAACAGGCCCCAGGCCACAAUGAAUAGUCCACAGGGAUAGGCAAGCGAUUGGCUCACAUUAUCAUGAUUUUAAUAAUAACACGAUGACCAUUGACCAUUAUCAAUACAAUUUUAUCCGCGGCGGAAUGGGGACUUCGCACGUUUGACCCCCAAGCAAGAAUAAUACUUGACUUUCAGGGAAUUAAAAUAACUGCGGGCGAAAAUAUUGCCUUUGCUUUAGAAACGGCUAGACCUUCACGAGGCUCUAAUGACCACAGAGGAGGCCACAACAAUGCCCUUUAUUAGUACUUCGUGCUAAAUAACCUGACUCUAAAACUAGAGUCGACCAUUUUAGCAAGAAACUAUGCGUCAAACCUAUUGCAAGGAUAAUGGCACUUUCCAAAAACUGAGCAUGUGACUGAAAUUUUCUUGAAAUUUAUAAUUUAAAUGUAGCAUUAAGUGUACACCCUCCCAUAAACCCCACCCAGCAAGGAUCUCGGUGCUUUAAUAGCCCAUAAGGAUGGGCGGCAGCCCAAUAGCAGCUAUGUUUGGCUCUUGCAAUCUUAAACAAUCCAACACAUAAUACGCAGUUUUUGCUGCCUAGUCACUCGCGUCUCGCGUUUGCCAAUGUGCGAAAAACAAAUUGCUUGAGGAGGAGGUAGCAAUUUUUUAUUAUUUUGUCAGCUUUGUCCAGGAUUUUCUGCACCCACAAUUGUAAACGCUUAGAAGACCCUAGGACGAAGUUGGAAUUAAGUUUAUCAACUUUCUCUUAAAUUCCAACUUGUUACUUGUAUGCUUUGCUAUGCUUUUCCUUUCUUACAGUGCUACUCUAUCGGACUGUGGAAGAGUCCUUGUACGUCGAAUAGCGACUGCCGGUGCAAUGAAGGCAACGGACUAGUGUGUGAGGAUAAUGAAUGCGUUGAGCCACCAAGAACUGACAAGAUGACUGUAUGGAGGCACCGUCUUUAACAAGUUGUUGAUCACCUCCUAUUCUUUACCUUAACUGUCUAGCUUUCGGUACUGUUUGCAUGAGAACAAAUUUUUCGCGAUGGAAUUUCGAAUACGAGCCCCACGCAGAGAGACUUAAAAACAUUUCAGUCCUCAUCCCAGGCCUUUUCGUUACACACUUCUUCGACUGAGUU